UUCUCAACAACAGGCGUGGCGUGCUGUGCCACAGAACAACAACAAGAACAACACCCACCACACCAACACCACGCGACAUGGGUGCCAACGCCAGCAGGGCACGGGGCGAACCAAGGAGGGGGGAUGAUGCUGCUGCGAUGGCAUAUGGGGUUGGCAUGAACAACGAGGCAAUGCACGGUGCACGGCACCGAAGCCAUACAAUGGCAGGGGACGGCAGUGCGGCGCAUCAGGCCAGCAGCGUCCACAACAACAACAACAACAACAGCAGCAGCAGCAGCAGCAAACACUUACAGGCACACGUACAGCAAUCACAACCACACCAACCACACCAACCACACCAACAACAACAAGAGCAGGCGCCGCUGCAGCGCAGGCGCUCGUUGUCGGUUGUGUUUGCUAGGUGGAAGCGCACGGCGUCGGAGGAUGCACCAGCGGGCACAAGCACGCAUAAGUCACGGACAGGCGGGAAAAAUCGGGGGUGGAGGCGAAGCAAGCACAGGAACAGCAAGAAAGAUGCUGUCGCUGCCGGCACCAGCCCAUCCGUAAGCAACCACGGCCGCCACCGAUUUGAAGGAGGCGAUGAUGACGCUGCCGCAGAAGCACAUGUCCCACACGACAGCCCGCCAGUGUGGGGCUUCGGUGACCCACACACUGGUGAGAUGCGGCCACGCUGUCAAACCACAAGUCUUGGUGCUCCAUUGGAUCGAAGGAACGAGGCGAUGGACGGCGAUGGCGGUGGCGUGCGUCUUCGCACCAACUCAACAGCCAUCGCAGACGCGCGAUUACGAGCACACUCGUUCUCCAUCAAGACCCUUGCACACGCCUUAACCACGAACGACAUGGGAUUCGCCGAACCUCCCAAGCACCACAAGCAGCGACAGAAGAAGAAGAAAGAUGAGAUUGAGUGGCAAACGAGCGAUGCAUAUGUGUCACAGGAAGACGCGUCCGUAUUUCCACAGCGGCCGUCCAGCUUCUAUCUGUUUGAGCAAGCCUCAGAUGGACACAACAGCUCAUCGCCAUCCCCGCUCCCGCACGUGCGCGAAGACGAAGAUGGGGGUCAUGGCAGCUGCAAUCACCAUGAUGCCAGGCACAACAGCAGCAGCAGCAGCAGCAGCAGCAGCAGCAGCAGCAGCCACAACAUCAGCACUCGCAACAACAGGAGAGCCAGCACUGGCAGCGGUCGCACUGGCGCAAACCGUCAUGCACACGCGUCGGCAACACACGAUCCCCAUCACCACCAUCGCCAUCCACUUGCGCGCAGCGUCAGCGGGAGCAGCUGCGGUGGUGGUGGUGGUGAUGGUGCCGACGCCUUUGAUGGCGUGGCUGUUGCCCGUGCACAGCAGCACGCCGCAACCGACAACAAUCGCGAGCACCAGCGCCGCCACCACAGAGUCGACGACGAGGAGCGGCAGGAGCAACAGCAGCAACAGUGCGGGCCAGGGCGGCGUCGACACGGCAGCAGCGACAGUGAUGGUAUCGGUGCUGUGGGCGCGCGUGGUGGUGUUGUGCUGAGCGGACACGACGCAUGGCUGCAGCAGAUUGACUCGCUCAUCGCCCAGCAGACGCACCAGGCCACCACUGCUGGUGGUGGUGAUAAUGGUGACGGUGAUGGUGAUGGUGAUGAUGGUGAUGAUGGUGAUGGUGAUGAUGGUGAGCGCUCAGAGAAUGAUACACUGAAGCAGAGCAAGGAAGACACAGGACAAAAGUCACCAGGCACGAGCGACAUCGACGCGUACUUUGACACGCUGCUGCAGACACCAGCACUGCGAGGAGCGGGCAAUGGGGACAACGACGACACACACGCGCAGCGCGGCUUGACAGAGGCCCUGUUUGAGCUGGACAUUGCCUCAAACCUGUGCUCUGAUGUCUGACCCCCCAUGUUUUGUGUGUGUGUGUGUGUGUGUGCGUGCGUGCGUGCGUGCGUGCUUGUGUGUGCGUGCGUG